AGAGAGAGAGAGAGAGGGAGGAGGGGGAAAGGAUAUUCUAAAAUAUUACCUAGAGACAGACUGAGAGUGAAUACAGGAGUUAAAGAGCAGGGACAGAGGGCUGAGAGAGAGAGAGAGGUUUCAUGCAAACUGAAAUGCAGUGGCAGUGAGGACUAAUAUGAAAAUUACUUUAAGUGAGUGCAGGUGCGAGAUCUGAUUACGUUUAUAUAUAUAUGUAUAUACAUUUUUUUUAAUUCAUUAUUUCUCUUGAAGGACAUGGAGCUGUAAGACUUUGUUGCACAUUAAAAAUCAGCAGUGCCCCAGGAUGGUUGUGUUUAAUCUGACCCUGGAGGAGGACUACUCCCCUGCCCCCUCCCUCUCCCCGCCUGUGCCUCCCUGCUCCGUGCUCUCCAACUCCAGCGCCCCCGCUCAGUCCUCCCCCCCGUACAACUUCUACGCGGUCCUGCUGGUGCUGCUCAUCUUCUGCGUGGUCUUCGGCAACGUGCUGGUGUGCCUGGCGGUAUCGCGGGAGCGGGCCCUGCAGACCACCACCAACUACCUCAUCGUUUCCCUGGCCGUGUCCGACCUGCUGCUGGCCACGCUGGUCAUGCCCUGGGGGGUCUACCUGGAGGUGGUUGGCGGCUGGAGGUUCAGCCCCAUCUACUGUGACAUCCUGCUGACUCUGGACGUCAUGAUGUGCACGGCCAGCAUUCUCAACCUCUGUGCCAUCAGCAUCGACAGGUACACUGCAGUGGCCAUGCCUCUGCUGUAUAACACCAGGUACAGCUCCAGGAGGAGAGUGGCUCUGAUGAUCGCUGUGGUGUGGUUCCUUUCCUUCGCCAUCUCCUGCCCCCUGCUGUUUGGACUGAACAACACAGCCAGUCGGGAGGUGUGGAAGUGCAGUAUCGCGGACCCCGCCUUCGUGGUCUACUCCUCCGUCGCCUCCUUCUAUGUGCCCUUCAUCGUGACGCUGCUGGUGUAUGCGCAGAUCUGCGUGGUGCUGCGCAGGCGGGGCCGACGCACCGCCCCGCCCCGCAGACACGCCCUCCACGUGCAGGGAGGGGCGGAGCCAGGGGAGGGGCAGAGGCAGAGGAAGAAUAAGUGCACCCACCCUGAAGAUGUGAAGCUCUGUACUCUGAUAGUCAAGCCCCCUGCCGCAGUCCCUCACCGCAAGAAAGUGACUCUGGUGAAGGAGGCGGUGGUCCACCCGCUGGAGGCGGAGCCUGUUCGCUUCCUCGGCCAAACAGAGCAGUCCUCUCGGCCCAAAAUCUCUCUCUCUGUCUCCGUCUCUCCUGCUCCCCCUCUCCCCCCCGCUGCUCGCUCGGCCCUCGUUCCCCGCGGGGCGGUGUUUGAGGAGGGGGUGCGGGGGCGGGAGGGGUGGAGGGAGAGGGACCGAGAAAGGGAGGAGAAGGGAGGGAUGGUGAAGGAGAGAGUGAGGGGGAGGCUGUCGCAGCAGAAGGAGAGGAAAGCAACUCAGAUGCUGGCUAUAGUGCUCGGCGUGUUCAUCAUCUGUUGGCUGCCCUUCUUCCUGACCCACGUGCUGCGUGUGCACUGCAGCAGCUGCUGCAUCUCGCCCACGCUGUACAGCGCCGUCACCUGGCUGGGCUACCUCAACAGCGCCGUCAACCCCGUCAUCUACACCACCUUCAACAUCGAGUUCCGCAAGGCCUUCAUCAAGAUCCUACACUGCUGAUCACCUGCAAGGCCUUCAUCAAGAUCUUACACUGCUGAUCACCUGCAAGGCCUUCAUCAAGAUCUUACACUGCUGAUUACCUGCAAGGCCUUCAUAAAGAUCCUACACUGCUGAGAGUCUACAAGGAGUUCAUCAAGAUCCUACACUGCUGAGAGUCUACAAGGAGUUCAUCAAGAUCCUACACUGCUGAGAAUCUGCAAGAAGAUCAUCAAGAUCCUACACUGCUGAGAAUCUGCAAGAAGAUCAUCAAGAUCCUACACUGCUGAGAAUCUGUAAGGAGUUCAUCAAGAUCCUACACUACUGAUGGCCUGCAAGGCCUUUACUGCUAAGAGUUCCAUAAGGCCUUCAUCAAGAUCCUAUACUGUAAAGACUUCCACAAGGCAUUGAUCAAGGUCCUAUACUGCUGAGUUCCACAAGGUUUUCUUCAAGAUCCUACGCUGCUAAGAGUUCCACAAGGCCGUUAUCAAGAUCCUAUACUGCAAAGGGUUCCACAAGGCCUACAUAAUGAUCCUGUACUGAUGAAGAUCUGAUGCAUGUCUCAAAAGCAUGAAAUGAGAUCCUUUGCUGCUUCCACAAAGUCUUUAUAAAGAUUCUACACUGCUUAGAGUAGCAUAUGGUCUUCAUAAAGAUCAUGACUUAAAUCAAUAAGAUCCUUCUUACAAAUAGUUCACAUAUAGAGUUCCACAAGCUUUUUAUGAAUAUCCUCCACUGCAGAAAGGUCCGCGAAGCCUUAAUAAAUACCCUUCACUGCGCAGAGUUCCUUAAAGCUUUCAUAAAUCGGAGAGUUCCUCAAGGCUUUCAUAAAUCAGAGAGUUCCUCAAGGCUUGCAUAAAGAUCCUUCAUAUCAGAGAGCAGAGAGUUCCUGUAUGUCUUCAUAAAGAUCCUGCAUUGCUGAGUGAAGGGGGGUGGGGUGCUAGGUUGAUGUAAAGAGGGGAGGGCAGUAGAGAGCUAUACAAAAUUGCAUUUAAUAUCUCAUUGCAUUUAAUAAUGAGAAAAGAACAACACAUGACUAUCCAACUCUUGCUGCUGACCAAGAUAAAACGUGGACAGAAGGACCAAAAGUGAGAUCAAAACUGACUGUGCCUAACUGUCAGAAAGAGAGAUCUAGACAGAGGAGGGAGCUGACAAAAAAAACUGAGAUAAGAAUGGUUCAGUCAGAUUAAAUCUCAGUAGUGAGAUAUGAAAAGAGAUACAGCCAUGAAAUACAGCUCUACUGUAAAUAUUUGUAUCUCUGAUUUUGAAAACAGUCAUUUGUGAGCACAGGAAAUGAUUGUACAUAUGAAACUAUUAAAGCAUUGUUUGUGUUUUACUUUG